AGCGACCCACUCCAUCAAGCACCACGUGGAUCCCUGAAUCUCAAAGCAACCACUCUCAUCUUCUUCCAUGUCUUCUUCCCCAACGGGCCAUCUUCCUGUGUUGCAGCGCCGCCAUACCGCAUACACUAGUCGUUCCUGGCAUGAGUCCGAGGCUCCGGGAGGCUCGCCGGCGACCUCGCGGAAUUGGUGCUCACCUGUUUCGUGUUGCCUUCUUGCACUCGGUAAAUCCAUGUUGCCCUGUUACCGCUGCUCCUGCUCAUUUUCUUGGCGCUCCUCGCCGGCAGCGCACGCGGGCGCGGCGGCAUGCCUCUUCAACUUGCUCUCGCCGGCAGCGCACGCUGGCGCGGCGGCAUGCCACCCAUACGAGACCUAAUCGCGCUGCCAACCUUGUUCCGGUCUUCGGGAACCUCACCGUCGCUGGCAUCCUCCGCGCUGCGUGGCGGCUGGGACGGCGUCGCAGCCGUCGAGCAGCCGGAGAACGAGUGGCACAAAUCGAUACGGCGGCGCUGCAGGUUGCAGCACAAGCCUGAUGGGGAAGAAGAUAGGAGUGCUGCUUUGAGAUUCGUGGAUCCACGUGGCGUUGGAUGGAAUGGGUCGCUCUGUUCAGAGCGUACGACCCGGUCGCAUAUGAUUUUCUUCCGAUCGAAAGACCCCUCGUUGACUCGGUGCCUCGUUUCAUCCGCCGCCCCAGCCCCUGGACGGCUCGACAGACAGAACGAUCCGGACCUGUACUUGGCCUCGUCGCCUCAUCGCAGCAAGCCCCAUCUCCAAUUCCGGCGGCCACUUGUUCUGCUGCGUCUCCACAACCGGCUAGAGGUCCUUCUAAUAUUGCUAGUGAAGAAACGAUGGCCUCAAAUUAAGCAGCUCUUCAUUAAUUUGAUCCACCACUGUCUAGCCAAAUGAUUCCCUUCCUGGUGUCAAUGCUAUGGCUGACCCUGGCGAGAUGUUCUCUUCUGCUCGCUUAUUUGAAGUUGGCAGACAGCGACCAAUAGACGAUGAUUCAGAUCCGGAGGACGCAGGGGACACAGAGCAGGACGACGACGAUCCAGGUAACAACGAUGAUGAUGAUGAUGACGAUGCUGAGGAGGGUAUUGACAGUGGGGAUGAAAAUGAUGAUGAUGUUGACUUUGAAGAAGAAGGUGAGUUUGAUGUGGGAGGGGGGUUGCUGGAGAUUAUGGGUGACCGUAAUGGCGAAGACAUUGAUACGAUCCUUUAGGAGCGGUGACAAAGAAGGUGGUUGGAUGAUGUAAGAGUAGAGGGAUUGGAUUUUUCUAAAGGCCGUGGUGGAUGCAAGAGCAAGGCCUGGAGCUGAAGGAAGAACACGUUUGGGUCACCCAGCCCAGUGUGAGUGUGCACCAGUCUGCACGAUCAACUUAAAGAGUUGUAAUUAUUGUCUUUUUGGAAGAAUACAUUGGAGUGCCUUUUAGAGCGCAACCUAAGUCUUGAGACAUUUAGAAGUUGUAUAUGUAAAGUUGUCGAAACUUUUGCGGUUUAUCGAUCGAAAUUUUGGGAAAUUCAUGUGUCAGGUGUGUUGUGCUGCCUGUUGAUGAAACUAGCCAAACCGGCUGUAUGUAGUCAAACGACCGCACACGAGAAACAUGUAAGAUCAUUUUCAGUGUUUCUGGCUUGUUUCUUCCAUGACAGCUUGGAGUUUAAUAUGAAGAUCAACCUUUUGGCA